CCCCCACCAACAACCACACCAAUAUUCCUCCCCAAACCAACAUCUCCCUCACCUCUUUGGCCACUCUUGUUCUUUUUCGCCGUUAUUUAUACUUGCACUGCCAGCCGGAGAUAUUGUGCAUUUGCAUUGCUUCUGCCUCUUUGUCUCCUCGCACCCAUCCCGCCUUGCUCGCUGUGCUGCUGCCUGCGAGAACCACAAGACCUGCUGGUGCUGCGUGCCGUCGCAUUCUUUGCUGCAGACAUCAGACGCACAUUCAACCUGUUCUCUCCUCCAAUUGCCAGCAUUUAACCACCCCCUUUUCUUACUGCGCGUAACAGCUGCCAAUCCCUCCAGCCAGCCAGCCAGCCAGCCAGCCAGCCAUUGCGGCCUGUUCAACGAUAAAAGGGCCCUCGCCUGCCUUCCUCCACCACCCAGACCCCCGCUUCAUUCUCCUCUGCUCUGCUCGCCCCUUCCGCACUCUUCCCUCGGCCAUGUCUACCACCACCAACAUCUUUGAUGUGGUGCUCCACCCCAGCAUCUUUGACCAGUCCAGCCCGCCAUCUUCGUCCAGCCCGUCGGGUGGGUCGUCGAUUUCGACAACCACCUCUGCGGGCGGCAGCGGCACAUCGUCGCCGUCCACAUCCGAGCCACAGUGGUCCGACGACGACUGGUCGUCCAUCCGCCAGCGCCUGUGGAAUGCAAAGUAAUGGCAGUAGCCCCCUGGGCCCGGGGCGGAUCCCGAGCCUCGGUGGCGACAAAACUCUGUUUCUUCGUGGCGCGCCUCCCAGGGGCAGAUGGCCAAUAUCGGUCGGACACAGCACCACGUUGUUUCCACGCCAGCGUGCCUCUAAUUGCCGCCUGCCUCUGCUCGGCCGUGACCACCGCAACCACCACCGGUUUUCAGCUUUUCAUUUCCCAUCCUCGUGUAUAUAUCGACAAUUUCUUCGUUCUGUAAUAUAGGCGUGAUCCCGCA